ACAGACCACCCAAUAUAAAGAGCCUUCUAUGAAGUCCAACAAGGGACGGCAGCUGUGCUAGCACAUCCAGAAUUUCCAUCUGAUUGAUUUAACCAUGAAUCUAAUCUGUUGUGUCAUGAUGCUUCUGGGGAUUUACGUCCGACAAGCAGAGAAUGCUCAGUGUUUUUCGGAAUUUUCUCUGUCCACUGGGAUUUGUAGUGAUCUUUUGGGUGAGGCUGAAGUAGAUGAUUGUUGCAUGAACCCCAACUAUGGCUACACAGAAUCAGAUGGAGAUUGUAAGUCCUGCAGGCGGGCAGCAUGGUCUGAAUGGUCUCCCUGGAGCAAGUGUACAGUCAGUUGUAAAGAGGGAGUUAGGCAAAGGCAGCGGAAGUGUUACGGAAUUGGGGUUUGCUUAGACCCUGAGGACCUGGGAAUGGUUCAAACUGAGUCAUGUGCAGAACGAGACUGUUGCCCAGAGGAAGGUGGUUGGUCCGAGUGGGGGAGUUGGCAGCCAUGUUCAGUUACAUGUGAAAAUGGAAUAAAAAAAAGGCAAAGAACCUGCUCCAACCCACCUCCCCAAUGUGGUGCUUCCUGUAAAGGUCCUGCAGAAGAAACUGCUGAUUGCGACAUUGAAAUUGUCUGUCCAAUUCAUGGCGGGUGGUCCAACUGGGGAAGCUGGGGUCCGUGUCAGGGAACUUGUGCUAAUGAAGGACGUGAGCCCCCAACACAUUUUCGUAGCAGGACGUGCGCCAACCCUCCUCCAUCCACAGUUCCACGUGGCAGAGACUGUGAGGGCUCUGACAAAGACAGUCGAUCUUGCACUGGAUUACCUUUCUGCCAAAUUGAUGGAAAUUGGGGCUCUUGGUCAGAGCCAACACCCUGUUCUGUGACAUGUGGGAUCGGCCGACAGACACAAAGACGAACGUGUGAUUCUCCUGAACCCAAGUAUGGUGGUAGAUAUUGCCAUGGUUCCGCCCAAAAAAGUAGUGUCUGUAAUACUCGCACCCCCUGUCCAAUAAAUGGGGUAUGGACUGAAUGGGAACCGUGGGGUCCAUGUAAACCACCUUCCAUGAGAAAAAUUACCUGCCAAACCAGACUGGGAACCCGGCGGAGAGUAAGAAGCUGUGAAGGCAGGGCGUUUAAUGGAAACCCCUGUGAUGGAGAGAUUGUGGACCACGGGGAUUGCUAUGAUAUUAAAGGCUGUAUCAUGAAAGGCGUGCUGUCAGAAUGGAGUAGAUGGAGUUAUUGCAAACCAAACUGUGGGCCAAACUCGACUCAAAUAAGAGAAAAAGUGUGUGUUCCUGACAUCUCUGGAUACAGUGUCCGAAAUAUGAAAAUUUUCUCAGGGAAUCCACUGUUCCUUUGUGAAGAUGUAGAAGAUGAAAGAGAGAUAAGGGAAUGUAAAAAUCUCCCUGAGUGCUAGGAUAAGGGCUGAAUAAAGAUAAUGAGGAUGAUUCAACAGUGAAGAUUAUCUCAACAGCUUGCUGUUGUCUUGAAAUAUUACAUUACUCUACAUUCAUGCAUGUAGCAUCCAGAGCAACUUCCUGUGCAUUUAAGAUAUACUUGCUAAAAUAUUACGCCUUAUUAGCCUUGUUGUAUGCUGUGAAUUGAUUACUUUGGCAUUGCUGAUUAUGAACUUUUGUAAUUUUUAUUAUAAUCUCUGCAAUAAAAUAAUACAUUUACACA